AUGGAUAUUGCUGCCUUAUUUGUGGACAUCUUCAACCCUCUCCCAGCAUAUCCGAGUAGGCAGAGAGCGGUGCGUAUGCCCCAUGCUCCAAAAAGGCCGUGCCCAUUGAAUCGCGACGAAAAGAUCCUAGCAGUGCGUAAUGCCCUACGGUACAUUCCAAAGCAGCAUCACGGUGUUUUGGCAAAAGAGUUUGCAGAAGAAUUGGAGGAGUGCGGGCACAUUUAUGCCUACAGAUUCAUGCCAAACUUCCACUUAAAGGCAGAAGAUCAGCUGCCAUUUUCUUUAGUCCACGUUCACCCUCCCCCUUCCCUCCCUCCCGAUCGACGGCGGCCGUCGGCGCUGAUGGAAGGAAAGUUGGACGAGUUGGGCUGUGUCGGUGUCGGGUAUGUGAAUCAGAUGUGGUAG